GUCUUUCGCUCACCCAACCACCUCGUCACGAGUCAAUCACCGCUGCAUCCAUGUCGCGCCGGCCGCGCACUUGUCCGCGGACGGGCCUCUCCGCCUCCCUUUCCGCUCCCCACUCCGCUUCCGCCGCCGCUUCCCCUUCCGCGCCCCCCUUUCCGAUCCACGGGGAGCUGCUGGCGGGCGUGCUGGCGCGGCUGGACCCGCUGCUGCUGCUGCGCGCGCGACUCGUGUGCGCGGAGUGGUGCCACGUCAUCAGUUCCUCGCGCCACCUGUGGCAGCGAGUGGUGCAACGACAGGUGGCACUGGCCGAUAGGGCAGGUGCAGGGCCUGAAUUUCUUACAGGGGGGCGGGAAGGGGAGAACGUAGGGAGCGGAGCGCAGGGGGGAGGAAAUGCGCAUAUGGGGGUGGCGGUGGGGGCGGAGCAGAGGAGGCGGUUUGAAAGGGGCGGGGUGCAGGUGUGGGUGAUGCGAGAGCACACGCGGGGGAGGGUGAGCAGUGUGGCCAUGCGGCAUGGAGUCAUUGCCACUGGCGGCUCUGAUGACUGUGUGCGCCUCUGGCAAGUGCGCGCACCCUCCUCCCCCUCCUCCGCCCGCUCUCCACUGCCAGCCGUUACCCCGCCGCCAUCGCCCUCCCCUGUGUGCCGUCAACUCGCCUGCUUCCCCUCUCCAGCUGCUCAGCCAAUCACAGCCGUUGAUCUGACAGACAUCAUGCUGCUCGCUGCAUCAGGCUCCCAGGUCUUCGCCUGGAACAAGGACAGUGGGAAGCUGCUCAGAAGCUUCGGCGGCCACCACCAGCGCGUUCGCACGAUGAGCUACGACGACACAGACCUACUCGCAGCAUGCGCUGACGGCACUGUUCACAUGUACGACAUCUACAGCGGCAGCACUGCGCAGAUCCUCCGCCCGCACGCGCGCGCUGUGGCAGCCAUGAGCUACAGUGCCAGCAUGGGUCUGCUGCUUUCGGGCGGCACGGAUGGCACUGUUCACCUGUCCGACUGCCACUCCUCCCUGCACCUGCACACCCUGCUCUUCACCGACCCCUCCCCAGUGACCUCGGUGCUGCUCUCUGCGCCCAGCAACCGGGUGAUGGCAGCAUCAGCAUCGGGCAUUCUGCGCGUGUGGGACCUCAGAUCCCCAUCGCACACUCUCAUGACUGCCAGCAUCUCCCCGCCCACCCACACCACCCUCGCACUCCCCUCCUCCACACUCGCCCUCCCGCCUGUCCUGCUGACAGCUGGUUCCACGGGAUUGGUCCAGGUCCUGGAUACCGCCUCCCUCUGUCCCCUUCGCCGCCUGCGCCGCCCACCACUGGCUGAGCUGGCACUGGGCAGCGGGUCGGCAGUAGCCUUGGAGGUGGAAGGGCGUGGUGAUGCAGGGGGGAGGCCGGGCCUGGGGCAGCCAGGGUCGGGCACGAGGCAGGAUGGAGAAGCCAAGGGGCAGGCUGGGCAAAGGCAGGUGGGAAGGGGUGAGGGGGGAAUAUCACGUGCCGCCCCAGUGCCAAGUGGGACAGCUAAUGGUGUACGUGGCAGGAGUGUGUCAGAGGUGUCAGGGGUGACUGGCAUUGCUGCAAGAACAUCCACUUUUGUCACGUCACACAUGGAUGGAACUGCCACCUUAUGGCUUGUUGGUUUUUAGUUUUUCUAAUGUGGCUUCGUCCAUUGCUGCCACCCCGUACACACCAUCUACGUAUUCGAGUUGGUGCAGCUAACCUGGGUAGGGUACUUCUUGGGUGAAGAAGUUCUUUGGGUGCACAAAUGAGCUGGCAUGGCUCAAAGACUUCACGCUUCAAUUGCUGCAACA